CGCACCAGCCGCCCGAGGAGCUGCCGAGUGCGCGAGAGGCAGCCUUUUGCGGGACUCUCGUGGGUGCCCUGCACAGGAUCCUGAGCCGCCCUCGGAGUGGAGACGAGAUCCAGCAGAAUGAGUCAGUCUCCGCGGCGCAGCGUGAACAAUGGGGGAUCCCCAGUUCACGAGAGGUCGAGAGACCCUUCAUUCUCCCGCUCAAGAUCACGAUCUGGAGAUCGCCGAGACAAUUACAAACACUCAUCGAGGUGUUCUGGCUCCCCGCGUUACCGUGAGGACCGCUAUCGUGAUGAGAAAUACUCAUCAUCACGUCGUAGAUAUUCACGUUCCCCAUCUUACUCUAGAAACCGAAGGAGUAACAGGUCCCGAUCAAGGUCUCCGAUGUCUAAUCGCCGCCGGCACCAUGGAAGCAGAGAGGACCCACCCCCAAGUAGCUGCCUUGGGAUCUUCGGGCUUAGUCUUUACACAACAGAGAGGAAGCUCCAUCACCUCUUCAGCAAAUAUGGUCCUAUCAACAAAGUUCAAGUUGUGCUUGAUGCCAAAACUAGUCGAUCUAGAGGAUUUGCUUUCAUCUACUUUGAUCAUGUGGAUGAUGCCACAGAAGCCAAGGAGCAGUGCACUGGCAUGGAGAUUGAUGGAAGACGGAUCAGAGUAGAUUAUUCCAUCACAGAGAGAGCCCACACACCCACGCCAGGCAUAUACAUGGGUCGACCAACAUACGCCGCUCCCCUUCGUACCACAGAGGUCCUCCUCCACGACGCUCAUACCGCUCACGUUCUCGUUCAUACUCUCCACGUCGCUACAGCCGGUAUUGAAGUGUUGGUGCCACUUAAGCUUAGUUAUGACUGGAAAAAUAGACUUUAUUCAAUGUAACUAGCCAUUCUAAUAGGAUAGAAGUGGGCCAAUAGUGAUAUAUUUUUAUCCUCUUAGAAUGACACUUUAUAAAUAUAAUUGUUUGUUUUUCCAAGUUUAUAAGUCUUAGAUUUAAGGAUCAUAGCUGGCUGAUUGCACCAGCACUUUUUCUAUGUACUGAAGAACAAAAAUUCUUUAGAAUUUAGUGAUGUUCUUUCCACCAGUUAGCUGGAGAUUUUUCAUUGAAAGAAUCUGGAAUGAAGAUCUUUUUGCUUUGUUACUAGAUGGAAUAAAAUGUAUAUAUUUUGAGAAUGAAAGGAAAGUGAAUUUAUUUUCAAGAUUAGAAGUAGAAGUAUUUCAUGCAUAUUCUUUUUCUUUCAAAGCCUAUUUUCUCCUUAAAAAAAAAUAUAUAUAUAAUUAUUUUUAUUAGUGUUUAGAAUGACAAAGGUCUAACCAGUGAUGAGAAAAGGAUUAACAAGUGAUGCAAGGAGAGCAAGUUUGACCGGCAUUAGUUCUUUUUAUUCAGUUAGUCAGUUUACAACAAUAUUAAGUAUGUUUGUGAAGUGUGAUGGGUGUUUUUACAGCAUUAGUUAGGUUUUGUAGGCAUUUGCAAAACACAUUGCUCACGAGAUUGCCAUAGCUUUUGUAUCCUGAUAUGGUACAUUUAUUUGCUCUUGAUAAUGUUAUGUUUUUCCUUUUUCUUCUCAUGAAUUUUAUAUAAUUUCAAUAGCCAUUUUAGUGUUUUUUUUUCAGUGGCUAUAUGAAUGUAAUGUUAAAAAUGAUGAAAUAUGAUUCAAGAGAUUUGACCCAUGUUUAGACUAGAUGGAGUUGAGGUGUGACAGCCUCUUUUCAAAGGAAUUACUUGAGUUGUAGUUUAAGUCUGUGUACAUGAGGAGAUUUUUUGUGGUUCUCUCUACCAAUAAAACGAUUCUUAACGCCA